AUGUCCUCUAAACACUUUUUAGUGUUUGUUCUUGGAGUGGUGUUUCUCAUCACUUCUAGCUUUGCAGAUUACCAUAAGCCUCUAGUUGAGAAAUCACUACCUGAAAAUAUACCAUAUUUUAGGGCUUCAUCAACUGGUAAGCCCCUUAUUAUAAAUGAUCACAUUAAUGUCAAAAGGCCACUUGUUUAUCAGCCUUUAGCUUGGACACCAAUCCCAAGGCCGCUUCCGGACACUAAUCCACCUAAACCGAAACCUCCGAUCCAUAUUCCGCCUGAUCAAAAACCUCCAUUUCCAAGGCCACCAAGGCCAUCUGCUCUGAAGCUAUUUGCUCCUUUUGAGGCUUCACCCACAGGUCGAACUCUUAUAAACGAUCGCCUUAAUGCUAAAAAGCCACUUGUUUUCCAGCCUUCAGCUAAGAGUCCGAUGCCGAGGCCGAAGCCGCCGAAGCCGAUCAAUAUUCCACCUCACCAGAGACCUCCAUAUCCAAGGCCAUCAAAGCCAUCUCCUCUGAAGCCAUAA